AUGGCCUGGCGCGUCGCUCGGUGGUCUUCUGCCUCGACGACGACUCCUGCGGGGCGUGCCGGGAGGUCCACCCGUACCCGUCCUGCUGCGUGUCGGGCAGCCUGCAGACGAUCUACAACAAGGUUCGCGUGUGGCCCCCCUACCAUCCUGUCUGCGGCCGUUCACCUCGGGUUUGACGCGCUCUACCUCGAUUUCGACACGGUGUUCAUGAGGAACCCUCUGCCUCCGAUCCUGGCGGCCGCCGAGGAGGUGGAGGUCCUCGUGAGCCGCGACUUCGGGAGCACGUGCCUCAACACCGGCGUCAUCUUCUUCAAGGCACACGCCGACACGGCGACGCUGCUGAGCACUCUGCUCGUGUGGCUGUGGCACCACCCGUACGAGUUCUCCCAGAAGGCCUUCAGUGCCUUCUUGCGCGUCGAGAACGUCUCGAACCUGCUCGGCGGCGGCCUGCCGGUGCAGGCAGACCUGCGGUGGGCCGCGCUGGACCCCCACAACCAGUUCGUGACCAGCACGGUGUACAACGCAGACGUGGAAGGUUGGACGGGUGACAUGGACGACAUUGUUGUCUUCCACUUCCUCGACGGCACGGGCGGUGUGGACAUCACGCGGGCCGUGGCAGGGGAGUAUAUCAACCUCUACGACCUCUUCUACGCGAACCCCGAGCUGGACCUGGCCGACACGAAGGUGCCGCUGUGGAAGCAGGACCCGCGCGUGGAGGCCAGUCUGCUCCGCUCCAGGCGGCCGUCGCCCCCGUCCAGCCUGUAUCCGUGCAUGCUGUACCCGGACCAGGGGGACUGA